AUGAGAAGUGCGUUGAGCUUUAUGACAAUUAUCAAGAAGUGGUCCUGCGAGGAGGAGGGCGCAGAAUUGCUUACACGCUAUAUGGUGACUGCUUCGAAUAGGGAAGCGCUCGAGAAGGUGAAGGAUAUUAUCGAGGACGUCGAGUUCUGGCAGAAUCUGGAGCAUGCUAAUUUAUUCGCUAUUUCGUCGACUACAAACAAUUGA